AUGGACUUGUAUUCAGCGAUCUCGCACCUUGCACUUACGGACGACGAAAAGGCGGAUCUUUGCGCGUUCUUUACCAAGAAUCCAGAGCAGAAACGAGACGCGGCUGCUGCUCUGGAAGUAUUGAAAGAUAACAAUGUCAGGCAAAUUGUUUACCAUCUAUCUUUACCCAUGAUAUUCAUUCUUUUUGAACCUACGCAACCACGAGCCUCUAUAAAAAAAAGAAAGGAGUUCAAAGUCAAUGGUGUUAUAUAUCAAGAAGAACGCUAUCGGUACUACUUUGUGGAUCGUACCGCAGACAAUCAAAUCUUGUUGGAUCAUAUUAUUGACGGUAAUUUCGUGAGAAUGUACGCACCACGGGCCUCUGGUAAAUCUUCCCGUUGUAACCUUCGAAGAUGUGCGCCUAGACAGCAUAGAUAUUUUUAUAAGACCCUUGGCACAGCUCUGGGACUUCGCUCUGAGUUUUGUACUUUCGAGGGUUUACGAAGAACGUUUUGGUCUGAAACGCAACGUGAUAAGAAUGUAGUUCUUUUCCUUGAUGACUUUGAUAUGAUCAGCUCCAAAAAAGCUGAAAAGGAGGUCCGCGAAGAGUGCUUAGCCUUCAUUCGUGCCUUGAAAGGCCAACCCCGUUACAUCGUCAAAUCUGUUGUCUCCGUCGGAACCUUCGGGAUUCUGUUGCUGAACCAGGAGGAUCCGGAACUGUCUCCUUUCAAUAUUACUGAUAGUGUCAGUGGAGAUGGUUUUACUCAGGAUCAGGUUGUAGAUCUUUUCAAAGACUUUGUAACAGACCGAAAUUUAAAAAUUGAUGAACAAGUCGUGGAAGAUAUCUUCCGUCUAACAAGAGGACAUCCUGCCCUAGUUUGCCUUUGUGGGCGAGCGCUUGACGGGAAAUUCCUUGCUGAGGGGUUAUAUGAGUACAAGUUUCUGGACUGGCAAGCUUAUGUUAUCAAUGAACUCUUAGGAGAUGUAAAGGGUUAUUCAACUUUCAGAAGAAUGGUGGAAAAUUUCAACCAUGCACAUGUUAAUCCAUCUGUCAAAGAUGCUUUGAAUCUUCUGCGUGUGUAUUUUCUACCCAAUUAUAACUUAGAACUCCAAGUUAGCGACAAGAAGGAAAUAUGUUUGGCUUCAUUUCUUGCUAAAGAAGGCGUUUUGAAAGUAGUAGAUGAGAACACAAAUACUUAUGUAAUAUCCUCACAGCUUAUGCAAUCUCUGUUUAUUCAUUAUGUUCUUCCCAAUGUCUUCUCCUCAAAGCCAUCAUUUGAGCUCCCACGUUUUGAAUCUGGACGUAUUGAUUGGCUUCGUGCUUUAAUUAUCGCAACCAGUGCAUUUGAACCAGACCAUAUACGAAUGGCAGCUCAGUUCUCUUUCAAAACGGCAGGGGGUUGUGUUAAUGGAAACAAUGACAAACAUGUUCCUCGCGAGAGUGUUUACCAAGAACAGCUAGUCAGAAUUUUGAUAAAUUGGCUUAGCUCGUUGAAAUUCCAUAUCACAAGCCAAACUUGUGUCUAUAAAGCAAGUACACAGCUCUAUGUUGACCUGGUGAUCACAGAACCUCUUUAUAAAAAAACUGAGAAGAAAUAUGACAGAACUUCAAGUAAAGUACAGAUCAUCCCAGCCAGCAUGCUCAUCACUACACCAAAUUCAACACUUCUUGAGCUUAUCGCUUCAUCUACUACAAGGGAUCUGAAGGAGCACUAUGCACAUGCUCUGGAUUAUGCCAGAUGCUUAUCGCCAGUGUUUAAGUUUGCAGACAUCUGGGUUGUUUAUUUUAAUUGCGAGGAUGAUGCUACUACAAAGCCGAAUUGGCCGACUGAAGGUCAAGUUAUAACUGGCUUGAACUGUGUUGUUUUUUGGCACAACCUAGAGUUCAGUGAAGUACGAAUGACAGCACUUUUUAAGAAUGAAGAUGGGGAGGUGCGAUUGGUGCGAGAUACCCAGAUCAUACCACUUCCAUCAAAUCUUGAGGACAUUACUUCCGAACCAUAUCAGUUUCCUCCAUGUCAACCCAUUGAAUAUGAUGAAGCUUAUAUCCCUUUAAAUAUCAAUAUAUCGUAA